GAGUCCUUCGACUCUUGCAGUUGAACGUAGAUCUGAACGGCUUGAAAGGUAGCGUCGAAGUCAAAGCACUUCGUUGGGAGGACGAGCCUGCGUGGCUCAAUGACUUUGACCUGGUGAUCGGCUCGGACAUUCUGUAUGAAACCGAAGGUUUCAGCCUUUUCGAUGCAGCUGCUCGAGCAUUACGGCCUGGUGGACGCUUCGUUCUGGCCAACACAGUACGCGGUGCCAGCGUUGGAAUACCAGCAAUUCGGCAUCAUGCCGCAGCAGCAGGGCUCCACCAGACCGACUCGGUGGAUUGCGCUGUGGGGGAG